UCCUGUAAUCGGGUCACAUUUCAGUGAAGCCUCAGCAUCCAUCUCUUGCUGUUAGGAGAAACAGAUACUCUGAGAUACUCGGUUGCUCUCUUGCGGAAGCCUAGUUAAGGGAAAUCAUGGUGCUCCUGUGUCUUCUCUCUCUUCUCCUCCCGAUCCUGGUGCUUUCGGGGUCUCCGGUUCAGGCGGACGGAAAGCGAGGUGGCAAAGAUGCGGUUGAGAAAAGCGGCAAUUUCAUGGAAGACGAGCAGUGGCUGGCCACCAUUUCCCAGUACAGUCGCAAGAUCAAACACUGGAACCGAUUCCGAGAUGAUGAUUACAUCAGAUCAUGGGAUGAAAAUCAAGGCUCAAACGAAAAUGUAGACACCACUAAAGACCCCUGCCAGAAGGUGAAGUGUAGCCCACACAAGGUGUGUGUUGCCCAGGGCUACCAGCGUGCUGUGUGUGUCAACCGUAAGAAGCUGGAGUACAGGCUGAAGCAUCCAGUGGUGGGUCAGCAGGAGAACAACUGCAAACCAUGCCCUGUGUCCACCUCUGGGCCUGUGUGUGGUUCUGAUGGCUAUAACUACGCUUCUCAGUGUAAACUCCAGCAUCAAGCCUGUCUCACCAAAAAAGAGCUGAGUGUGAAGUGCACUGGUCCCUGCCCGUGUUCCACUACAGCUGUGCCGAGUACAAUGACGGACAGUACACACAACAGUUGUACAGGUCAGGACCUGGCAGAUUUGGGUGAUCGUCUGCGUGACUGGUUCCAGCUGCUUCAGGGCAACGCCAAACAGAACAACACACGCAAGCCUACUGCAGCCACCUCAGCAUCAAUUUUGGACCGCACUCUAGUGGCAACAUGUAAGGACUCCAUUGGAUGGAUGUUUUCGAAGCUGGACACUAAUAAUGACCUGUAUCUGGACCAGGCUGAGAUGGCUGCUAUUAAUCUGGAUAAGUAUGAAGUGUGUAUCCGGCCUUUCUUCAAUUCCUGCGAUUCCUACCGUGAUGGCAAAGUCUCCACAGCCGAGUGGUGCCUCUGCUUCUGGAGAGAGAAGCCUCCCUGCCUGGCUGAGCUAGAGAGGAUCCAAAUGCAGGAAGGAGCCAAAAAGAAGCCAGGUACCUAUAUCCCCAGCUGUGAUGAGGAUGGUUAUUAUAGGAAGAUGCAAUGUGACCAAAGCAAGGGGGAGUGCUGGUGUGUAGACCAGCAUGGAGAAGAGUUAAUGGGCUCCAGAAUCCAUGGCAACACUGACUGUGAUGAAGUGGCUGGCUACUCGGGGGAUUUCGGCAGUGGCGUGGGAUGGGAGGACGAGGAGGAGAAAGAAGCAGAAGACACCGGAGAAGAGGCUGAAGAAGAGGAGGAAGAGAUCGGGGAAAUGGAUGAUGGUGGAUAUAUCUGGUAGACCAAAACGAAAUGGUUGCCUGGUCAAGAUAGCUUUACUUUGACCACUGAUUCCGAGGCAGCUCCAUCUCUUGCUGACACAAAAUGGUGGAAACUGGAGGGUUGGACAUCUCUAUACUGCACUCCGAACAGCAUUGGCCAGGGAGGGGAGGGAAGGGUUAUUGAGUUGUGAUAACUGUAGUGAAAUUAUGGGUGUGGGAAAGAGUUAAAAGAAAAAAAAAAAAAAGAUCUUAUAUAUACUUGUGAAACUUUUUUUUUUGUUCUGUGUUUAAGAUUGUGCUCUUCUGAUAAAGUCAAUAGCAUCAGCAAUCUUAAGCUGGAAUCUAGGUAAUUGAUAACUGGACAUUUUCUCUUUAGAUGAACAGGAGCUUUGCAAAUGCUAUACAGUGUGCUUCAUCUCAAAUGUCACAUUAUUCUUAUGCAAGAAGCAUAAACUAAAUGCACAUAUAUAUUUGGAAAUGUUACCUUUUAGUUUCAGACUUUUAUGGAAGCACUGAGAUUUGACCUAAGACUAGCAGACCUCGAGUGAACACAUGAUGACAGAAUGACACUUUCUUGACCUUUUUGUGGGUUCACCAUUUACAGGUUUAAUUAACCCCAUAUAGUUUCACUGGCUAGAACACAGCAAGAAUACAUUCUAAAGCCAAAAACUGCUCUGAUAACUAACCACAAGUCAGUUACUGAUACAUGAUUCGAGUUUCUGUGUCAUACAGCAUGUCCUGUCCUUGUCUAUAAAUUUGUGCAAUAUCAUUAUGCAUUUCUUGUUGGUCUUAUUAUCGAUAUAGUCCCUAAGACAUUCCUGCACAUUGCUCCACUUGCUCAAAAAGAAGACAUUGUAUUUGUCCAAUGAUCCAAUCCCCUGAAAGUGGACAUAGUGAAGCACUGUGUUUCCUCGUAAUACCACUGAACUUGACAUAUUCGGAGACCUAGUAACUCUUUGUAAAAACAUGGUCUCUGCUUUCAGAUUUUUAUCACAGAAAAAAAAGGCUAGGGAAAAAUGCUUUAUCUCUGAGAUAACAGUUAUGUCACAGUAAACAUGUGUAUGAAUAGCAGUAUGGAGAAUGAGAUACGCAACCCAACCCAAUGACAGCCAGGGGGAUCUGUCUGUCUUGCUAUUUUGCCUGUUGACUAAUCAGAUCCACUCAUCUCACCCAGCUGAAAUAGGAGUCUGUUGUAAUGUUAGUAGGUGUACAUAUUUUUUGCUGCAAGGGUUUAUAGUUUUGGUUUACAUUCACGACAUUCAUGUACCAAAUGCACUGACUAGGUAUAAACGUUUCUGUCACCAGAUAAGACUUGUUUUUUUUGUUUUCUUGAGAAGGUUUCAGGUUGUCGAUGGUAUCAGGUCAUGUAACAGUGAGACAUCAGACCCCUGUGAUUUCAUACACAUAACAGGUCUUUUGGCGUAAACACUGUGCAAUCCUUAUCAUACACUGAAACAAUCACUCCCUCUUGAGAGCACAAGACUGUUUGAAAAAUGCUUUUCUACAGUACGCUCAGCACAAGACGCACGGGCUUUGUGCAUAAUCCGUGCAAAUCUUAAAAGCGUGUGAAUCACAGAUAUUAUCUGGUAUGUUAAUACAGUCAGACGGAUCCAGGCUGUGAGCUCUAAGCAGUAUGGGGAGUGUGAUGUAAUAGGAUGUAAUAUGCUUGUCUUCUCUUUAAAUCAACAAAAGAUAACAACUAGUUCUCUGUAAGAAUGAAUAAUAGAAUUUUUUUCAGUUGGAUUAAAGUUGUAAUCCGUGUCAUUAGAGUGCCUGUCACUCUGGUCUGAUUGUGAGGAGAUAACUGUUAGUUUUCCUCACGUGUAUGAGGGCAUCACCUCAUGAGGAUGGAUUAACUUGCAUAUGAUUGUAUUGUCAUAUAAAUUUAUCAUUGUAAAUAGUUGGAGUAUACAGACACAGUGUAUUUGCCCUGGCAAUUGCAUUAGAAUUGCAUUUAGCUGCAUGUUUCUUUGUCCCAAUAUAUCAUCUUUUUGGCUCAGUAUAAUUAUGAUUAAAGGCAUUGGGCCCAAACA